CUUUCAGUACCGGGAACGGAACCAGUAUGAAGGAUGGGAAUCCGACUACCACAGUGGCUACAGUUCGGCAUACGACAGAGACCGGAUGUCGCCCUACAGAUCAGAUCACCGUGGCCAUUCCACGGCCAGCAAUGGUUAUUCAUCGGACAAUGGAUCCGUCGGGAGUGCCGAGGAUGGUCCGACCUACGUCCUGGAGCACCUGGCCACCUUCAGAGUGUCGCCAGAAUCAGACCUCGUAUACCCCGCAGAUGGGAUGCGACGUCUUCUACACAUGGAGAAAACCUCAGGAAUCUGGACACAAAAGAUGAUGUUGCGGCUAGACAAGAAAUGGGUUUGCAUACAGUCACAUGAAAAUGGGGACACUGUGGAAAAGUUCCCUAUGGAGUUGAUAAGGGAGCCAACAGCAUUUACAAGCGAAGACCCAAAAGAGCUGUACAACAAUAUUUUCAUCUUCAUUGUGGCGGAAGAUCCUAAGCGUAACUACCAAAACCCAACAGAAAUGCAUAUUUUCCAGUGCUUACGAAUUAGCGCCAAAGAUGUGGUGGAAGACAUGAAGCUUUUCAUGUCUGGCAAGGGAGUGCCUGGGCGAGGGCGAGCAGCCAGAGCCGGGCGUGGAGAGCACAUCCCACCUCCCCCUCAGGAGCCAGCGCCUGAACCUCCACUGGGAAUGAAUGGAUAUCGAGCAGACUUCUCGGACAGCGAAGUGCGCGGCGAGGCCCGAGGUCCGAGGUCCGAGAGGUCGAGUGUCAGCCACAAUGACGACGUCUCGAGCACCAGCAGCGAGAAGUACGAGCGGGACGUGGCCAUCCUCAACUCCUGCUUUGACGACAUCGAGCGCUUCAUCGCCCGGCUGCAGCACACCGCCGCCGCCACGAGGGAGCUCGAACGCCGGAGGAGGUCCCGAAAGUCCAAGAAGAAAGACAUUGGUGAUGGCCUGCUGUCAAUGCGUGCCAAGCCUCCACCUGAGAGGGAGUUUGUUGAUAUCUUCCAAAAAUUCAAGCUCUCAUUUAACUUACUGGCAAAGCUGAAGUCCCACAUCCAUGACCCAAAUGCCCCAGAACUUGUACAUUUCCUGUUUACUCCGUUGGCACUUAUUGUUGAUGCUUCACGCGACUCAAACUAUGGGCCAAACCUGCCUGCUAAGGUCCUGUCUCCCCUGCUGACUGCUGAUGCCAUUGACCUCCUCACCAACUGCCUCACAUCACGAGAGACAGAAUUAUGGCAGAACCUGGGAGAGGCUUGGUGUGUCCCUCGAAGCAUGUGGAAGUACAAUGUUCCACCUUAUCAGCCAGUAUUUUCCAGUGGCUGGGCACCUGAACUUUCGGAGAGUGAGCGGCACUCAGAGGUGGUUUCAGAUGGCAAACGGAACAGAGAGGGUCGUCUGCAAAGUGAGGAGUACGGCAGCGACUUCUAUGAUUCUGACCGACGGGGAGCAUCACCCCCACCACCGGGUCGUUACUAUGGACGUGAUGAGAGGCCACGGUCAAUGACUCCUCCUUCAGAAUAUCCACAAGCAGGGAGAAGUGACAUCUCCCAAGACUCCAUGGAUCAGCCUACUUUUGAGAAGCAUCAGCGGCAGUGGCUCAAUGACCUCAAGUCACGCGGGGCUAAAAUUGUACAGGUGACAUACCCACGCACCGCCAAUAACGACAAAGAGCUCACAGUUGUUCGUGGCGAAUAUUUGGAGGUGCUGGAUGACAGUCGCAAGUGGUGGAAGGCAGUAAAUGCACGAGGACAAGUUGCUCAUGUCCCACACACAAUAGUGACUCCAUAUGCCGCUGACCAGGAUGGUAAGGAAGAUUACCGUGCUGGUGCUCAACGGAAUGCCCCACCACCCGUCUGGAAGGGCAAGAAAGGCUUUCGUAACUCCUCCAAACAACCGAAAGUCCCUGCAGAUUUUGACUCAGAUUCAAGUGAGGAGUUCCACAAAAGACCCACACCAGGGUACGGCUCCAAUGAAUCGAGUGACGAAGAUGCUGCAGGUUCACGUAAGAAGAACAGUACAAUCCCUGCUCCCCCUCCCCCUCCACCCCCAGACUUUACCCCAAGUAACUCAGUGGCUAAGAGAACUCCUAAGCCUAGACCCAGUAAUGCAAACCAGAUGUAUGCUACGACUAAAUCUAAUGUGGACAUGAUGAAUGAAGAACUGAAGCUGGUGCUCGAGUCAUUCCGCCGUCAGAGGCCACAUCUAGAUAUUCAGAAAACACCUGAUGUUUACAUAUACCAAAAUUCAACCCCACAAGAAGUGCAAAAAUGGCUUGAGAUGAAAGGCUUUUCCAAAAGAAUUCGGAAACAGUUUGAGGGUGUUGAUGGAGAGAAACUGUUUGCACUGGACCGGGACCAACUCAUUUUGCAUUGUGGGAAGGCUGAGGGCAUUCGGUUAGACUCUCAGAUCACUAUACAGCGUAAUGUCACAGGGUACAAGACUGCGCGCUCAUCAGAACUUCGGCAGAUUCUAGCUCAGAGAAGGAACAAAGUUGAAGCUGACAAGACUGAUGCAAAAGAAUCAAUCACAGAAGACUUUAGCUUCCUUAGAGACUAUGAUAAGACUGGUUAUCAAACUGACUCAGAAUCAGAAGAUGAUGAUAUGGAGGUCCCAGGUGCCUCGGGUGGACAUGCUGGUACACUUAAAGAACAAAUUAAAAAGCAGAGAAAGAAGAUACAAAAUCAGGCCCUUGAUGACAAGGCUUCUCGGUGAAUAACUUCCUUCACGUCGGUUGUAGAUUUUAAGCAAAGAGAAUUGAUAUAAUGAGUCUAUAUUAUCAGUCAGUCCUCAGACCAGUGAGUUCUUAUAGCCUAAGAUGUCUAAAGCUAUUUGAAAAUUUUAGGUUUAACAGUCAUAUCAUAUAUGUAUAGUCUCAUUAACCAUUGAAUGUAUAAUUAUAUAUAUUCCAGUGAGGAUAUUUAACCCCUAAUGAUUUGUGUAAUAUAUUUCUAAGCAUCCAGAGUAUUUAAGACUAUAGAUAGUGUAUAUCCAUGGCCAUAUAUAGGAUAGUUUACUGGCUUAGGUAUGUUCAAGAUAAUGUGUAGCAAAAGCUGUUGAAUUGUUAUUUUCAUUUUGUAUGAUGUUAGGAACUGUUUGUGUUGUAGAAUUUGCAUGUAGCAACUACUGUUUGCUUUUGCUGGGAAAAUUCUUACAGCCUUGAUGGUAUGUAACAAUCACUCUUUUAAAAUAAAACCGUAUUAUUAAGUACAUUUGUAAUGUGCAUGGAGGUCAGUAUGUUAUUUUUUAUGUGAUAUAUUCUUACUUUUUUGUAAUUACCUGUUGAUAUGUUCAUAACUGUAUAAAUCUAAUAGAGUGAAAAAUAAUAUAUACUUCAGAUAUGAUAGAGAUAUAAUGUUGGUAUUUUCUCCAGGAACUUUAGCAUUUUUGGUUAUGUAGAUGUAGUUAUGGUAUAGCUAAUAUCUAUCAGUAUGGGAGCUUAAAUAAAAAUGUCUGAAGUAAAGGUUAUAUUAUAAUAUUCAGUGGAGAUAGUAAGGAAAACAAAUAACUUUUUCACUUACUAUAACAAGAAUCAGAUAUAUUGCUCAUUUUCAGUUCCAACAAGUAAGCUGGACAUUUUACCUUAAAAGCUGUAGGUAAACUGCUUAUAGUCUUUUAGGCAACAGUUAAUUGUUCCUGGACAUAUUUACUCAACAAUGCCAUAUAUCAGGAAUUUGAUUGUUUACGUUUAUGAGAAGGGAUUUUCAUUGUGAUGUGGAUUACAAGGAUAUAUUUCCUUUUUCCUCUUUCUAGUUACUGUGAAUGCAACGAAUUUAGAAUAUUAGUAUUGGAAACAUUGAAAAUGUUCUGUAGGGGAUGAGGAAGGACUGAAUAGUCUUUGUCUAUAAGAUCAUUUUGGCAGUUUUUCUUAACAACAAUAAUAAUAAUAAUAAUAAUAAAAACAGUAGUAAAAUCAGUAUUUCCUAGUUCCAAAGGGAUAUUUCAGUGGAAUUUUCCUCUCGCCUUGAAUUCCUGUACUACUGCAAUUACCAUAAUGUUUUUUUAAAACUACAUGCAAUGUUAGUUUCUACUUUUGAUUCCUCUUUGUAAAGAGACACUUGAGGUGAAGGAGACCUAUAUGUUCCACUAGAAUUUCUUAGCAAUAAUCAUGUAUGUAAGAUUUGUAAUUUCUCCAGGGAUAGAAUAAAAGGCUUGCAGUU